CAUCUUAAAAAACUCAUCGAUUUUAGUUUUCGUUUUACGUCCAGAAGUUUAAGCUUACAUUUUCUAGUGCAUCAUACUGUAUUUAAUACAAAGAAUCUAAGAGAAAACAGAAAAUUUGCCAUUUAAAUUAUUGCUUAAAAUUCAGAGAGUAAAAAUAGAUUGUGCCACCGAGUUCUUAAUUGGACGAAUCUGAUUCACACAUAUAAAUACAGAGUACCGCCAAAGUUUCCAACAGAAGUAUUCUGCUUUUUAAUUUUGAAUGGUUGUGUCAAUGGAUAAAUAUACAGUACAGUGUUCUUUGGUUGGUGAUGCCAUGAUUGGGAAGUCUUCCCUUGCAAAGGCCAUCACCGGACAGAACUUCGACGAGGGAUACAUUGCUACUACAGAAGACAGCUAUUCAGCCUCCUUAUCCGUGGCUGGGGACAAAUAUUCUCUCAGCAUUCUGGAUUUAUCUGGACAGCAUGAUUACGAUCAAGUCAGAACGCAGGAAUACAGAAGCAACGAUAUCUUUGUCGUCUGCUUCAGCGCCGUGGAUCGGGAGUCCAUGGAGAGCGUGCGUGACUUCUGGGUCCCCGAGAUCCAGCAGGUGGACAGGAAACGACCUGUUGUCCUGGUGGCCACCCAGACGGACCUCAGACAGAGGGAGACUGACCACAUCACCAAGGAAGAGGGACAGAGCCUCGCCAAACAGAUCGGAGCGUUCUGUUACGUAGAGUGCUCAGCAGCCGACAAGACGGGCGUCAAGGAGGUAUACGAACAAGUGGUGAUGGCCACCUUGAAAUGCAGGAAGCGCCGCUCCAGUCUCAUCAAACGAGUGUUCAGCCGAUGAAGAUUAUAUCCGGGACCUGUGACGACAGACAUUGGUGUAUUGAUCACCCUGAUUGAUCAGAGAGAAAAUGGUAUAGAGUCAGUCAACAGGUUAACAUGUAAUGGGGACAGAAAAUUGCAAUGCAACUAAUUGCAACUAUUUCAGAACAGUUUACAUUAGUAUACUGUUUCACUGACUCCUUGCGAUAAUCUGCGUUUGAUUGACAUUCAACAAAGAACACCCCGCGAUAACAGGAGGUAAUACUUACUAAAGAUCACAGACAAAGGCAAAUUCAACAAGGAAUAUACAUAUAAUUCCUAUCCACUUUACAAAGCCACCUGCUACAUGUAUCUGCAGUUCUAAAAACACCAGGAAUCAUUGUAAAAUUUUGUUUUAAAGUAAUCAAUACUUUUGAUGAGCUUUAAAGGGUGUUUAAUAAAACAUGUACAAAAGUGGAUAUAAGCAAUG